UCUUCUUACAAUCAAAUAAUAAAUCAUAGGAAAAGAAUAAACCACAGUGUCUCAAUUGCAUUCCAGACAAGCCAGUGUACUGUUAAUAAUUGGUCUUCCUUCUUGACAUGUAUCUAACCUAAUCUUGAUAGGUAAAAAUUAUAGCCUGAAUGCACUGUAAGUCACUUUGGAUAAAAUCGUCUGCUAAAUGCAUUAAUUUAAUGUAAUCAGGGACAGGAUCGUGUGAACUCUGCCUUUUUGGAGGACACAACAUGUGAAAUAACAACAAUGAAAUGUAUUUUUUUUUUUUUUUUUUUUGUAUUACCUUAAACUGUAUUGAGUAGCAUAGCCUACUAUAUUUUAAAAUACUAUUUUAGAGCGACAUUUUACUCCUAUUGUAAAUAAAUCGUAUAACUUCAUAACAUCUUUAACAAUAUAUUUUUUUAAUUGUUUAUUGAUCAUGUUUAAAUAUUUUGUAAAAAAAAAAAAAAAAAUGGAAAGAAAGAACCACGAUCAUAAUAUGUAGUUACGUUACCAGUUUUACCACGCGAGGAUAAAAGUGAAGCUGAUAUUGGCGCGAAAAUCAAACGCCAGAGUCGACUGUUUAUUUUGUGUCAAGAUUUUGAUUGUUUCUGUGGUGAGUAAAUGUUCUUUUUUACCAGUGUAUAUAAAACAUUUAAAUGUUUUAAAAAUGGUUAAAUAAUCAAAUGUACUACUGAACAAAUAGAAGUGUUCAAAAAUGAUGAGUUUAUUCGAGGUAAAUGAUUACCAGGUAAAAAAAAAAAAAAGGCUUUGAGGCUUUGACUUAACGUGCUCCUAAAAAUACUAUAAAUAAAUAUACAUGUUCUUACCCUUCAAAUAUAAAGUAAACAAAGUAUAUUUUGACGUAAAGGAGUCGAAUUUGCUGUCCUAAUGUUUAUGUGCUACAGUAACUUAUCUACAUCACUAGAUGGCACAAAAGCCAAUAUUGACCGGAAACUAAUAAUUUCAGCUCUAACUCGACUACAUUACUAUUUUAGGAGUAUGAUAAUGAUAUUUCAGGAUUUUAAGAUAUUUUAGAUUAACCUGUAAGAUAGAAGUUAAAUGCCUAAAUUAUGUACCUCAGUGAAAAAUGUGUAUGUUGUGAAAAACGUGUAUUAUACUGUAAGUUAUAUAUACUGUAUACUGUAUAAUGUCUUGCACCUUUUUUUGUUGUUGUUAUAAGUUUAUGCUUAGGAAUUUAUUAUUUGGAGAAAUAUUAAGCAGUAGUAAUUUACUAUUCCUUUAGCACAUUUGGUUUAUUUUGACAGUACUUAUUGAAGGGUUUCUCUUGUUGUUUUUUGAAGCUCUGUGAAAGCAGACCGAUGUUUUAUAGCAGCACUGAAGAGGUGACCCCGGGUUCGAGCUCUGAGGCCGGGCCAAGCAGCAGCACUUUAACCCCACACAACCUGAUCAGCUACAGCCAUGUAACCCGUAGACCACAGGAUCCUCCGUCGUCUUCUGGCCUGCUGACUUCACACAGAUCAGAUGAUGUCAGGAACAGUGUGUGUCCAGGAUCAAGCACUGCGACUGAUACUGCUGCUCUGACAGCUGUGUUCACAGACACCACACCGACCGGAGCCCAGCGCCUGAUAAACAUCAGUGGAAGAGCAGACAGGAUCAGCUCUUCUGUGGGUUCAUCUGUCCACUCCUGGAGCUCCAGCACUCCACAUCUGAGAGCGACGCCUGCACUCUCACUGCAUGGACGAACCCCUCAGAGAGACCUCAACAUGACAACGUCUUCAUCUGCGUCUGCGUCUCAUGCGGCCUCUGUGAUUGUGGCUGUGGUGGAGGGACGUGGUUUAGCUCGGGGGGAGAUCGGCAUGGCCAGUAUCAAUGUGAGAUGCCCAGAGCUGGUUCUCUCACAGUUUGCAGACACUGGAACUUAUGCCAAGGUUAUUACCAAGCUUCAUAACCUGAUGCCUCUGGAGAUUCUGAUGCCAGACACUGCUAGUGUGAGAGGACAAGGAACCAAACUCUACACCCUCAUCACAGAGACUUUCCCAUCAGUCACAUUCACUGCAGUUCUGAGGAAGUACUUCAAUGAGAAGAAGGGCCUGGAGUACAUACAGCAGCUCUGUGUCCCUGAGUUCUGCACUGUCCUGAUGGAGGUGCAAACCAAAUACUACUGCCUGGCUUCUGCAUCUGCACUACUAAAAUACUUUGAGUUUGUUCAGAACUCAAUAUAUGCUCCUAAGUCACUGAAAGUGAUCUUCACCGGCAGUGAGCAGACAGCCAUGAUUGAUGCAAUAUCAGCAAGCAACCUGGAGCUAGUAGUGAACCACAGAGAUCACAGAAGUAAAAACACUCUGUUUGGGGUCUUGAACUACACUAAGACUGCUGGUGGGGAGCGACGGUUACGCUCUAAUAUUCUUGAGCCCCUGCUGGAUGUGGUCACUAUCAACUCACGCCUGGACACCAUACAGGAGCUGCUGCAAAAUGAGGAGCUCUUCUUUGGUCUGAAGAAUGCCAUUGCACACUUCCUGGAUAUAGAUGAUCUGCUGUCUGCUCUUAUUCAGGUCCCAAAGCAAGAGACGAUACCAGUGGCUGAAGCAAAAAUAAUGCAAGUAAUUCAGCUGAAGCAUACUCUGGAACUCGUCCCAUCAUUGAAGGCGAUGCUGUCACAUUCCAAAACAGCCUUGUUGGAAGCAUAUUACACCUCACUUGAUGACAGCAGGUUCAACAGCAUUCUGGAUCAAAUCAAAUCACUGAUUAAUGAUGACACCAGCUACAUGAAAGGCAGCUUGACCAUGCGCACGCAGAAGUGCUAUGCUGUGCGACCCAAUGUCAGUGAAUUUUUGGAUAUUGCGAGGCGAGCCUACACAGAAGUGGUAGAUGACAUAGCAGGAUUGGUGGCUCAGCUUGGAGAGAAGUACAGCCUACCCCUCCGGACAAGUUUCAGCAACACACGUGGCUUCUUUAUUCAAAUGAAGCUGGAGGGUGGGGUCUUACCUGGGGGAAAGUUACCAGAGGAGUUCAUCAAAGUGACCAGACAUAAGAACAACUAUGGGUUCACCACUGUAGACCUCAUGAAAAUGAAUGACCACAGUGAGGAGGCUUUGAAAGACAUUUUCCACAUGUCUUAUGUGGUGGUGUCGAGGUUACUGAGUGAUGUCUGUGAACACAUCCACUGCCUGUACAAACUGUCCGAUGCUGUGUCUAUGCUGGACAUGCUGCUUUCUUUGGCUCACGCUUGCACGGUCUCAGAUUACGUGCGUCCUGAAUUCACUGAUACGUUGGCAAUAAAGCAGGGUCGGCACCCAAUCCUGGAACGCAUUUCUGGGCAACAACAAAUCUCUAACGACAUCUACAUCUCUGAGGGAAGCAAUUUUGUGAUCAUAACAGGCCCCAACAUGAGUGGCAAGUCCACCUACCUUAAACAAGUGGCCCUCUGCCAGAUAAUGGCUCAGAUAGGGUCCUUUCUGCCAGCGGAGUAUGCCUCUGUUCGAAUUGCAGAUCAGAUAUUCACCAGAAUAGGAGUAGACGAUGACUUUGAGACCAACUCCUCCACAUUUAUGGUUGAGAUGAAAGAGGUUUCUUACAUCAUCCACAAUGCAAGCGCCAAGUCACUCAUCAUUAUUGAUGAGCUGGGGCGAGGCACCAGUCCCGAGGAAGGCAUUGGCAUCUGCCACAGUGUCUGUGAAUUCCUCAUCAAUCUUAAGGCCUUCACACUCUUUGCCACACACUUCCUCGAGCUCUGCCAGCUGCAAACCCUUUACCCCAAUGUGGAGAACCAGCACAUGCAGGUUCAGCACGUCCGCACUGAAGAUGGCAGGGACAGGGUCGUCUACACAUACCAGCUCAGUCGAGGCCAAUCAGACGAGCGCAACUAUGGUAUAAGAGCAGCGGAGAUGACCAAUUUCCCAUCAGACAUUACUGAGGAAGCUAAAACUGUCGCAGCUAAAAUCAACCAAAAGUUGUGGGCCAAGCAUUACAGUGAUCCUGACACGGUCAGACAGAGGGCAGUCUAUCGUCUAGCCACCAGACUGCUGCAGACGGCCCGUAACUCACGGCUGGAUCCAGAGAGCCUUCGCCAAUACCUGAAGGGGUUGAAGAGACAGUAUGAGGCUGAACUUCAAAGUGCUACAGAGUCGGUAGAGAAUGAGGAAUAAGGAACGGGACGGUGGGGCUGGAAUUUAAGGGAUGGAUUUUACCUGUUUGAGAAAAACUGACAAAAUAGACUUGUUGAACAAAGCUAGGGAGAUACACAAGACCAUAUACAAAUCUAAGUGUUUACUUAUUUAUUUAUAAAAGUAACUUAUUUUCACAGAUCAUCAUUUAUUGUUUGUUUAGUCUCAAGUGAGACCAAAACCAUAUGAGGUGCAUGUCUUCCACUUUUGAGGUGUUAUAAACUGUUAUUUAAAUAAACAUAUGGGAUGGUAA